GUGGCCCGCUCCCGUCUCUCCGUCUUGCCAGGAGACUCCCUUUGGAGCCGUCGCGAUGGGCAAGAAGGGCAAGAAGGAGAAGAAGGGCCGCGGGGCGGAGAAGACGGCCGCCAAGAUGGAGAAGAAGGUGUCCAAGCGCUCGCGGAAGGAGGAGGAAGACCUCGAAGCUCUCAUAGCGCACUUCCAGACGCUAGAUGCCAAAAAGACUCAGGUCGUGGAAACGCCCUGCCCUCCACCUUCUCCAAGGUUAAAUGCCUCGCUCUCCGCUCAUCCUGAGAAAGAUGAAUUAAUCCUUUUCGGAGGUGAAUAUUUCAAUGGCCAAAAAACUCUCUUGUAUAAUGAACUCUAUAUCUACAACAUCAGGAAGGACAGCUGGACCAGAGUGGAAAUCCCCAGUGCACCUCCGAGGCGCUGUGCUCACCAGGCGGUGGUGGUGCCUCAAGGCGGCGGGCAGGUGUGGAUCUUCGGAGGGGAGUUUGCUUCUCCCGACGGGGAGCAGUUCUACCACUACAAGGAUCUUUGGGUCCUGCAUUUGGCCACCAGGACCUGGGAGCAAGUCAGAUCACCAGGGGGUCCUUCAGGUCGGAGUGGACAUCGGAUGGUAGCCUGGAAGAGACAGUUAAUCCUUUUUGGUGGCUUCCAUGAGAGUACAAGGGAUUACAUCUAUUACAACGAUGUGUAUGCCUUUAACCUGGACACAUUCACGUGGAGCAAGCUGUCCCCAUCAGGGACAGGGCCCACACCCAGAUCGGGCUGCCAAAUGACCGUCACUCCCCAGGGCAGCAUUGUCAUCUAUGGGGGCUACUCGAAACAGAGAGUCAAGAAAGAUGUGGACAGAGGCACCCAGCAUGCAGAUAUGUUCCUGCUCAAGUCUGAGGAAGGAGGAGAAGGCAGAUGGACAUGGACUCGCAUUAACCCUUCAGGCGCCAAGCCAAGCCCGAGGUCUGGCUUUUCAGUGGCUGUGGCCCCAAACCACCAGACGCUGCUCUUCGGGGGCGUCUGUGAUGAGGAGGAGGAGGAAAGCCUGCAGGGAGACUUCCUCAAUGACCUGUACUUCUAUGACGCCGCCAAGAACCGCUGGUUUGCGGGGCAGCUGAAGGGACCUAAGUUGGAGAAGAGGAAGCGCAGGCGGGGCAAAAAAGUGGAGCCCGAAGGUGCUGACAAGCAGGAAUCUGGGGGGGCCAGCACCCAAGCACCCCUGGAAGUGGUCAGAGAAGUGGUUGCAGAGGAUGGGACCGUGGUCACCAUUAAACAGGUGCUCCCUGCCCUGAGCCCGGCAGGACGACCACAGUCCGACGAGGAGGGCGGCCCUGAUGAAGCAGAAAGCCCCACGAUCGAGCCGAGCCCCCGCUCCAACGCCAUGCUAGCGGUGAAGCACGGACGGCUCUACCUCUACGGGGGCAUGUUUGAGGCAGGUGACCGCCAGGUCACCCUCAGCGACCUAUACUGCCUCGACCUCCACAAGAUGGAGGAGUGGACGGCCUUGGUGGAGAUGGAUCCAGAAACUCAAGAGUGGCUGGAGGAGACUGAUUCUGAAGAGGACAGUGAUGCGGUCAAGGGUGCUGAGGGCAGAGGCGAAGAUGAGGAGGACGAGGACAGCGGCGAGGACAGCGGCGAGGAGGGUGGGGAGCAACAUCACCCCUUGGUGAGGCCUGGCGAGCAGUUUGCAGACUACCUGCCCCGGACCGAGCAGUACUGGGUGCAGCUCGCCCGGGACGCCGCCGGGCCUGGCGCACAGGAGAAGAGCGUGCUGAGAGCAGCCCACGCCACGGCGAGCGCUUUCUUUGAUGACUCGGCGUAGGCCGCCACACGGGGCCCAAGCGACCCGGAGUGAGGUGUAGUGGCCUUCCCUCAGCCUCGCUGGCACGAUCUAAAGCGAACUGGAUCUGGAGCGAGGCUGCUGCAGAGGUGGGCUUCCGUGCAGCCCUGUGUGCACCGUGGUUCUGGUGGGGCCUCCGUGCAGGGCAGUGCCGAGCCGAGCCAAGGCCACCCCACACAACAGGUGGUACCUGGAAUUUGAGCUGAAACAUUGGUACUUUGUGGGGGGUUUCCCUUCUGCAAAACUCAGAGACAGAUGUUCUGAUUGACCGCACGUUGUCGACCUGGAGAUGGUCUCUGAUUCCUAAAAAUGGUUGGUGGUGGUCCACCUACUGCCUGUACACGCUUUCCGAGUUGUCUGUGAAUAAAGCCCCUGUCCGCUGGG